AUGGGCAUUCCAUUGAACCUGGGUACUCUGCUCCUGAUACUCCUCUUCUACACACAAGUAUACGCAGGGCGUAUCUAUGGGGGCAAGGAGGCUGUGGCCCACAGUAGACCCUACAUGGUUCUUUUGGAGAAAGCUGUUGCCAACAAUCUGAAGCCAGGAAGCUUUUGUGGUUUUCUAGUGAGAGAGGACUUUGUGAUGACUGCUGCCCACUGCAAUGGGGGAUCUAUUAAGGUCAAGCUGGGAGUCCACAAUGUGCAGCAGGAGCAAGGUCAGGAAAUGCUUGUGAAACAGGCAUUUUCGCAUCCAAAUUAUGAUGAAGAAUAUAAUAAUGAUAUCAUGCUACUCAAGCUGGAGGAGAUUGCAGUUUUCACCGACCAUGUGAGACCCAUUGGCCUCCCGCUGACAAAAGAUGAGGAGGUGCCCAAGGACUGUCUGGUGUCAGGCUGGGGACACACUAUCAGGAAUAUAAAGCAAGGCUCCCCUGUGCUUCAGGACCUCAAUGUGACACUGGAGGAGAAUCAACUUUGCUCUGACAACCAUCAGGUCUGCUCAUCAGGACUAAAUGGACCUGCUCAGGAGGACCUGAGCCCUAGGACUAUGCCCCAGGACGACCUGACAUGA